AUGUAUCGCGGUACUGCUAAAGAACGGCCCGCUACAGCGGAAGAACUUUUUCACCAACUCUUCUCGAACGUUUCGCGCCUUUUCGAGCUCAUCGGAAUGAACGGUCUGGAUCCAGAUUUUGGUCCCAACAGACGCAUGAUUUGGACGUGGACCAUGUUACUGGUUGCCAUAACCAACGUUGCGUUCUACCUCUGGAAGCAAAGCUCGGACAUGGUUGAGUUCCUAAUGGUAGUACCGUACGCGUGCUUUGUCAUCCAGGCAUUGCACAUGACGAUCAAGGUCUUGGUGAACCACUCCAACUACAGGUUACUGCACGCCAAAUCGAAGCAGAUAUUCGACAUGCUUAACGAAACCUCCACCAGUCGGAAACUCAUGGCUGAAUCGUUACAAUUUGGUACCGUGCUACAGGGUUUGCUAGCCGCUCUGUACAGCAUGUCGUUCAUUUUUAUCAUUUCAAUGCCACUCUUCAUAUGGUGCAUUUCGGGAGAGAAGAUUCUUUUACUUAUGUACAGUUUGCCAGCUGUUGACGAAAAUACUACCCAAGGAUUCCUGGAAACACUGGCGCUGCACGUAGCUAUCCUUCUGGCUUCGUUCUGUGGAUUCGUUGGGAUCGAUUGCUUCUUUUUGGCUCUAAUCAUUCCAAUCAUUGCCUUUGUGGACGGUACAGAAAACGAAAUUCAUGAAUUGAACAAGUUACUAGAAUUGGAAGAUACCAAUCCCAUCCAGCCCAAGCUGGACCGCAUUGUGCAACUGCAUCAACUGUUGAUCGAGUACGAACAAAUGCUGGAAGACAUUUACAAUUUCGUAAUGCUGGUGAAGGUGGGAACAAUUGUGAUCGGAAUGAUCAGUGCGAUUUUGACGAUUUUCACAAAUCAAGACAAAAUGGCAUUCGUCUUUGUCGUGAUCCUGUUGGAGCAACUCACUCAAUACUGCAUGCUGGGAACGGUCAUUAGCUCCAAGAACAAUCAGCUAACUGCACAUCUGUACGACAUCAAGUGGUAUCUGCUGCCAGCUGGACAAGCCAAACAUCUUGUGCUGAUGCUGGAACGAGCCCAGAAUGCUCCCACCCUGACCGUUGGAAAUCGUUGCAAGGGAGGGGGUGUCGCCCUCGAAAACAUAUUGCCAAUGACGGCUUCGCUGGGUUUGGUGGUGCAAUUCUCGGACACAAACUGA